GGCACCAGGAAUCUGCCUUACAGGUUCUACCUCCAACAGACUUUGGGGAUGAAGACUGCCAGCAUCUUGGCCCUGAUUGGCUGCCUGGUCACAGUCACUGAGUCCAGAAUUUAUACUCGUUGUAAACUGGCAAAAAUAUUUUCAAGGGCCAGCCUGGACAAUUAUGGGGGCUUUAGCCUUGGAAACUGGAUCUGCAUGGCAUAUUAUGAGAGCCACUACAACACCACGGCUCAGACUGUCCUGGAUGAUGGCAGCAUUGACUAUGGCAUUUUCCAGAUUAACAGUUUCACAUGGUGCAGACAAGCGCAGACACAGGAGAAGAAUCACUGUCACGUUGCCUGCUCAGCCUUGAUCACUGAUGACCUCACAGAUGCCAUUAUCUGUGCCAAGAAAAUUGUUAAAGAGACAGAAGGGAUGAACUAUUGGCAAGGAUGGAAGAAACACUGCGAGGGCAGAGACAUGUCAGAGUGGAAAAGGGGAUGUGAGGUUUCAUGA